AUGGCAUCAAACUCAGGAGCACACCAGGAAUUCGGGGAAGGUCCUCGCAUACAGGAAAAUGCUGCCUAUCAGGACGACAGUGCGCUGAAUAUAUAUGCUUCCGCUUGGGAGCGUCGAGCCAGGGUAGCACGGAAAGACGCUGAUGCAGCAGAGUCACAAGAACAGUGGGAGGACUGGGAUUACUAUGUCGAUCUUGCCGAUCUAUGUGAAGGGAUGGCCUGGAAAGCUCGCUGUCAGAUGGAAACUCAGGGUAUCACCUGA